CGUGCGCAUGCGUUGUUUCGCUCCAGUCAGGAAGUGGUCGUCAUCGAAAGAGCUGUGAGUUGGAAGGUGUAAAGAAAUGUGAGGAAAAUCGUCGUAGCCGUGGCAGAACGACUCGUUCUUCGUGGGUUUGAAUGAAAGACGCAGUUUUCCACCGACGGAUUUCAGAGCGUUUGAAACCGGAAAAUGUCGUGGAUAAAAGAAGGUGAAUUAAAUCUGAUUGAAAGGAUUUCUGCCAACAUCCUAAAGACAGGACCCAUGCCUAAACAUGUGGCCUUCAUCAUGGACGGUAAUCGACGUUUUGCACGCAAGAAAAACCUGGAACGCCAAGAAGGCCAUAUGCAAGGAUUCAACAAGCUCGCAGAGACGUUACGUUGGUGCAAGCACCUCAACAUCCCAGAGGUGACGGUGUAUGCCUUCAGCAUCGAGAACUUCAAGCGCACUAAGGAAGAGGUGGAUGGGCUGAUGGAGCUGGCCAAGCAGAAGUUUGAGAGGCUGUUGGAGGAACGUGAGGCCCUGGAGAAGCAUGGCGUUUGUGUGCGGGUGCUGGGAGACUUGAAUAUGCUGCCGCUGGACCUUCAGCAGAUCAUUGCCAAAGCUGUGGUGACGACCCGGAACCACAACAAGUGUUUUCUCAAUGUGUGCUUCGCCUACACGUCCAGAUAUGAAAUCACUAAUGCGGUGAGGGAAAUGGCCUGGGGAGUGGAGCAGGGUCUGAUCAAGGCCAGCGAUGUUUCAGAGGCGUUGCUAAGCGAGUGUCUGUACAGCAACAACUCCCCCAAUCCUGAUUUGCUCAUCCGUACGUCCGGAGAGGUCCGCCUCAGCGACUUCCUUCUGUGGCAGACGUCCCACUCCUGUCUGGUGUUUCAGUCGGUUCUGUGGCCCGAGUACUCGUUCUGGAAUCUGUGUGAAGCCAUCAUCCAGUACCAGUUAAAUCACAAAUCCAUCCAGAAAGCCAGAGAACUCCAUCGAGAAGAACAAGCACUGGAACAACUCGAGGCAGAUCGGGCCUGCAUAGCAGAGCUCACGCAGCAUCAAGGGAACGGGAAGCCAGCCGAUGCCCAGAAAAGACAAGAAGCACUGCAGCGCUACAUCGCCUCUCGUGAAGCACGAGUUCAGGACUUUUUACAAGCACUGAAGCACAAGAGAAACUCUUUCUUUAGUGACUUGUGCAGUGAAACAGCCUUGACUUAGACAAGCCCUGAGGAACCAAUCUUCCACUGCAGUUGGGAUAAAUCCUCUCCAGUCCUCCUCCCAAAAGGAAUUCUGUGGAACAGGGAGGAACAAGCAGUUACUGGCAGUGAUUUAACUUUGUUGCUGAUUUAUAAAAAAAUAAAAAAAUAAUAACAACAACAGAAAUGUGACCCCUAUGGGGCUGUAAAAAUGUGAUAUUUAUGAUUGUAGAUUUACAAAGUCUAUUAUGUCUGGUCAAGAUGUAGUUAAAUAGCUGCGUGUAAAAGUGUGUGAAAUGCAAGCAUGCCUGUGAUUGGACGAUGGAAAACUCAGCAGAAGUCACACAUCCUGCGUUUUAGAGAUGUCCGUUCUUCAUCGAGCUUGGUACUGUUGGAUAUUUUUGUCACUGAAAGUGUUUUGAGCGUGUUUUUCUUGAAGACAUGACUAUAUUUUGACCAGCUUUCUCAACUAGAAUAAAUUAAAAAGAGCAAAUGAAAUGUGAUUAUAAUUUAUCUCAUUCUGUUUUUGUUCUCCUCAAACGGUUCACACAAACGUCUGGCUCUGUCAGUUACAAAGAGGCUCAUUUCAGCAAAUCACACAUUUUUUUUAAAGGUUUAAUCAAAAACUCUUCUAACACAGCUUCUUUUUACCCCCUACAGCUGUUGCAAUUAAACAUUUAUGUUGCUAUUGAAAACAUAGAAAUAUCUUCACUAGCAAUAUAGCUGUUGUAAAAUUAGAUGCCGUAAUUUUGUGUAAAACCUACAAUCUUUAAUUUCCUAGGCCAAAUGUGAAAUUUUCAAUGACCCUACAUCCAUUAAACAAAAAAAAAAACAUUUGAAAGUUUAGAGCAUCUGUUCUUGAGAUAUACUUUAGUAUAGAGAAUAUGUUGAAUACUCAUAUACCAAUAAACAAAUAACUGAUUUUUAUAUUGUAGAUUACUAAAUUAGUUUUUCAAAUUAUGUGAACAGAAAGCUGUUUUUAAACUUUUUUUUUACAAUUACAUUUUUAGAAAUAUUUACUUGUAACGUGUGGCUACCAUCAACGUGAAUAAGUAAGUAAAUGAUUGGAGCAGCUGAAGAAAAAUAUGUAUUUUAGUAGUGCUAUUACAUUCCACCAAGAGUACAAAGUGUAAUUAGAUAUCUGACGGUAAGAUUAAUCGGCGGACGCUUGGUUCGCUGCUGCUGCUGUUGUGAUCGUGUUUCCUUUUUUGUAAAUUACAGAAUUCAAACGGAGGCCGAUAAUAGAGCGCCCCCACGCGCCACGGGUCAGCAUUUAUUUACUCGCUUCCUGCCUCUUUAACGACAAAGGCGGCGCUUAAAACCACGUGUUACAGUUCCGUCCAAUGACAAACGUGGAAAUGCUAAACUGGUUCAAACCGGUUUCGUUCUUAUAUUUCACUGUAUAAACUACAAAAACAUUCGUUUGUAUUAUACAUUCGCCAUUUUCCACAGCGACUGCACGGUCGACGGCUGCUGUCUCUCCGGAAAAAAACUCCUUUUGCAACUAUAUUUUUUGAGCGUUCUUUUUACUUCCAGCCAAUAACAUGGGAAAAGCAAAGCAAACCGUCCCUCCUGAGCAAAGACGAACCUCCCCGCGCCUGGCACUGAAACCUAAAGCUGCUGCAGUGGAGACGAAGAAAAAGGCGGCCCUAAAGAAGGCACCGAAAACAAAGAAAGCCAAGCCAGCUGAGAAUGGCAGCACCAAGGCCGAGGAGCCGAAGGCUGAGGCCACCGAAGCCAAAUAAAUCGUGGUUGAUGUGCUCACUCAGUGUACUUGGUGAUUGUACAGUUUUAAAUAAGUAUUUUUUACCAAGUUUUAUAUUACAACUGUCAUUUAUAGGUUUGUUUUGGGCUUGCACUUGAUGUAACAAGACUUUGUUUUCACAUUCAUAUCCGAUUUAUAUCAACGGCAAAACUAUUACCGUCCAUAUCUUGUAGACGUGGCAUUCUUAGUUUGUCUGAUCUGUUUUUGUUUUUAUUUUUCAUCUUUUUUAACUGCUGAGGAAUAAACAUUUACAAGUUGGAUCAUAAAUCUCAUUUUAAACAUGAGGCAGCUAAAACAGUAAAUUUGCAGGAGUUUGAACUUUGCUGUUCGCCUCCUUGUAUUUUGAUGUUUAACUAAUUAAAACAACUGCUUACCAAAUCAUUUAAACUAUUUUGAUGUGAUUUAGUCAGUUAUGAGGCCACAGCCUAUUAGUACAAUUAGGUCAAACGUUUGGUAGAUCCCAAGAAAAGUGUAUGACGUAAAUCUGGUCAUCUGAUAAAAAGUUCUGUUAACUUAUGUUACUGUAAGAAAAGGUUUUCUGACUUCAGUGGUUUAUCUAAAUGUUCUUGAAUAAAAACAUUCAAAAUGUCUGA